CGUGUUUAUCUUGGGCCAGAUUGAAACGCGGUGAUUAAAGCGACGGAGAUAAUACUCUACCGGUUCGAAACAAUUGUCUACAUCAUCAAGUAAUCAACAGUUGACAAUAAUGGGUAUUCUCGAAAAGAUUGCGGAAAUUGAGGCUGAGAUGGCUCGCACGCAGCGUAACAAGGCUACCAUGGGUCACUUGGGUUUGCUCAAAGCUCGUCUGGCCAAACUUCGGAGAGAGUUAAUUGAGCCUAAGGGCGGAGGGGGUGCCACAGGAGAGGGGUUUGAUGUUGCUAAAACCGGAGAUUCUCGUAUUGGUUUCGUUGGUUUUCCAUCUGUGGGGAAGUCUACCCUGUUGAGUAAUCUUGCUGGUGUUUAUUCUGAGGUAGCAUCGUAUGAAUUCACGACACUAACAACGGUUCCUGGGGUCAUCCGUUACAAAGGGGCCAAGAUCCAGUUGCUAGAUUUACCAGGUAUAAUUGAAGGUGCUAAGGAUGGUAAAGGCAGAGGGAAGCAGGUCAUUGCAGUUGCAAGGACGUGUAGUUUAAUAUUUAUUGUGCUGGACGUUUUAAAACCUUUACAACACAAGAAGCUGAUUGAGCAUGAGCUGGAAGGCUUUGGAAUUCGGUUGAAUAAAGAACCUCCGAGGAUAAACUACCGGCGGAAGGACAAAGGGGGGAUCAAUCUGACAGCUACGUGUGCACAGUCAGAGCUUGAUAUGGAUCUGGUGAAGACAAUUCUAGGAGAAUACAAAAUUCACAAUGCCGACAUAACUCUGCGUUACGACGCAACUGCAGAAGACCUCAUUGAUGUGAUAGAAGGGAAUCGCAUCUACAUACCAUGUAUAUACAUACUGAACAAGAUCGAUCAGAUUUCAAUAGAGGAGCUGGACAUAAUCUAUAAAGUACCUCACUGUGUUCCAAUUUCUGCUCAUCACAAGUGGAACUUUGACGACUUGCUGGAGAGAAUGUGGGAAUAUUUGCUACUGGUGCGAAUUUACACAAAACCCAAAGGUCAGCUUCCAGACUACACGUCACCAGUGGUACUGAAAGAUGGAAGGAGCACUGUGGAGGAUUUCUGUAAUAAAAUACACAGGAGCAUCCUCAAGGAAUUUAAAUACGCACUAGUUUGGGGUUCCUCUGUAAAACACCAGCCUCAGAAAGUCGGCAAAGAUCAUACGCUAAACGAUGAAGAUGUGGUGCAGAUUGUGAAAAAGGUUUGAUGACCAUGGUAUCAACACGUCGUUCCUCGAGAGUUAAUCGAGCAUCUUCUUGCAUCUCUUUACAAGUAUAACAACAGCUUGACCUCGAAUGACCUUGCCAGACAAUGGAUUUCUUCUUGCAUGUGUACUCAAACAUAGCAAGAGUUUGACCUUGAAUGACCUUGUGCGGAAGUGGACAAUGAGCCUUGAGAUGUUCGCAAGGCUGACGUAUUAAGUGUGUGAACCAUGAAGUUUGAUCUGCAACCGUGAACUGUGAAAACUUCUAGGAUUGGAUGUGACUUGCUUAAUGGCUGGUGAAAAUUUUGUUUGUGCUAUAAUGGAAACACUAUCAUGAUUUCAUUGGUAACUCUUUAACAUUGUGACUUCAGGAUGUGUAACUUGUUAUCUUAAACAAUGAGCUCUUGACCUGUUUACAAGUUGAAUUGGAAGAAGUAGAAGAAGUAUUCAGCUUUCACUUCUUGGAAUUCAAAACUCUGUAAUGUUAUGUGCUAGUAGCCUAGCAUGAUAAACUUUGAACUCGGUGAAGUUUUUACCCUGACCUCUCACUGUUAACCUUGAACUCUGACCUGCUGAGCAUGUCAACAUUGACCUGUGAAAUUCUGGUUCUAUGAGCUGAAAUCAUGGACAUACAGACAAGAUGGAUUUAAGAUCUAAAGCUGGGAAUGAGAACAAUAAAAAACUAAACUAAGUUUUCAAAGGAUUAGAGGCAAAGACAUCCCUAAUUGGUUUCUGCAACCACAUAACUGAAAAUGUGUAGAUUGGCUUCCUUUUGUGUGCCGAAAAGAGUCUACUAAAUCAGGCUGUUUUAUGUUUUGUUGAUUUUCUGUUGAUAUUUAAUUCAGCAUGGUGUGUUUCUUGAGAGAACUUAAGUAGGACAGUUCAAAAGUACAGUGUGAUGUUCCUUAAGCAAAGUACUUGCACUUUGUGUUUGAACUGAAGAAGUUGGUGAAACCGAGGCCUGGACCAUCUUGUCCGACAUUGAAUGCAGUGAAAAUUAUUAAGUCGUUAAAGUUAUCAAGGGUCAUGGAAACAAAUAAGUUUCUUCUUUCUCAAUAGAAUGGAAGUUUUUUUUGAUUAAUAGUGCAAAGUUUUGUUUAUUCACCGUUUGUACUUACUGCUAAUAUCAUACGUACCAUGCAGGCUUCCCACUGAUCGUUGAAUUUGUAGAAAGCUUUUCAAGACCUUGGAAUGGUUCUUGAUUUUUCGUUGUCAAGUAUCAAGUUCUUGAAAUGAAAUGAUAAAUAUACCAUAGUAUCCAUUAGUCCCCACAGGUUUCUACUUAAAGUGAGUGGCCCUUGGAAGCGCUGGAAAGCCUACGAUAUUUAUUAGAUUCUUGAAAGUCCUAAAAAAAAAUUCCGAAAGGAGUGGGAGCCCUGAACAGCAACGGGAUUUUUCGUUAUGUUACUUGUUUUUGUUGCACUGAGUGUUAUCAACAAAGUGUUCUUGUUGUACAGCUGUCUGCUAAUUUAUGCAGAAUCACUGUCUGGAUACAUGCGACUUUUGUCUUUGUUUUAUAUAUAUUAAUUGGCACACGGGUAUGGUAUAAUUCAUUACUUGAUGUCAUUUACAAAAUAGAUAUUAUAUUAACAACGUUGUUUAUAUUUGGCAUUGUGCUUUGGGGUAUAAAACGGACCAUUUCGGGUCCCCAAAACCUAAAUAGGCUCAUUCACUGUCAUUUUCAAUGUUUAUAUUAUCUGUUCUGCUGAGAAAGAGCAAUCUCAACCCUCAUUACGGUAGAUGACGUCACAUUUUGCCCAUGACUGAGUUAUGUUGGUCUUUUUAAAGCUGGUUUAGAUGGGGUAGAACGAUACCUUGUACUGGAGAAUGAUACUUUCUACUGGAGAAGGAUACUUCGUCCUGGAGAAGGUAACCUUCCACCAGAAAAACUGCCUUUGUCCGUACGUAAAAAUGCACCUGUUGGGGCGAAAGUUUUACAUCCUUUACUGUCAUAGGCUUUGUUGUUCCGUGAAUGACGGACUUACACUGGACCAGUCACAAACAAUAUUGUUACAUACAGCUCAAGCAGAUGUCCUACAUAUUUGCUAAAAUCACAAAGCGGCGUAGGACAUUUUUGUAUCGUGCAUUUGUCAUACGGCGUUUUGCUCGUCACCAUUACCGUGCCAUUAUCGUAUAUGUACGCCAUCUGUGUGAAACUGGGCCCUGACGUUUCUCCUCAAGAAUAGAAAGAAAGGUAAAAACUUCCCAAGAAGUGGUGGUUAGACAUCAGUCGUGUUGGAUUCAUCCAUAUUGUGACCAAUUAAAAAAAAAUAUUAUAAUUUGAAAUGUAAUUUUAAUAUUUUAUUAUCAUUGGAAACACUUCAAAAAAUGUAAUGUUAAGACAAAUAUAUAAGAAUUUCAGCUUCUUGGUCAGUGCACUGUGUAUUAAACUGAAGGUUUCAAUUUUGUCUCGUGGAAAUUCGCUCACUGAAAUCCGCUUGAGUAUAGUUUUAUCCGUGGAAUGUGUCAGUGGCGUAUUAGAAAUAAAACAAGGAGCAGAAAGGAAAUGUGAAAUUUGGCAAUUAAAGAAGGCAGUAUGCUCAGCCAAGAUGAGGGUAAAGAAAUAGUGGAUCGUGUGGCUUUCUCGCCGCCUUUUGUACAGUAAAAUGUAAAAACAAUGAAAACAAAAGAAUUUUGACCGAUUUGACAAAGCAUUAUUUGUCAAACUAGUUGAAUAAAAAUGUUGAGAUUAUCUUCGAUGUGUUUGAGUGCUAAUUUUGAGGAGAAAUUCUUUCAAGUAGAACUUAAAACGAAGUGGAAAGAAUGGUUUCAAGGUGUUAAAUUCAAUAAUUUUUAACGUUUAUCUUUAACCGCGUUUCCUGUGUAAUACUUACCCUAGUUGAAGUUUUAACAGUGAACACCUCCAGGUAAAUACACUCAAAACAUUAUUCUCUUAAAUUUAACAGAAAGUCUGUUGUCUGAGUGAAGCUAGAAUAUAUUUGUUAUUAUAACACAAUAUUGUGUCAUAUUCAACAUAAAAUCGUAUUAGUCGAAUAGAACGGUUAUGUUGAAGUAGUAGAAUAUGGAUGUUCAGAAUAACCUACUGCAAUAGCACAGUACAUUCUAGUAUCACACAGAUAACAGAUUUGCUAUUAAAUUUAACACAUUCAUUUUUUUAAUGGAACAACCACCGAUGACGUCACAUCCGGAGAGAACUACAAGCCGGGACAAUGCAGUUUGAUUAUUCCCAUUGGACGAAAACGUACCGGUCCGGCAAAGUACCCAAAACCAGCCUGAUGGGCCUAAAACAUGAUGUAGUAUAAGGCUUAACGUUCAAAUGAUCUUUUCAAGUACAUCACUACGAUACAUGUAAGUUUUGGCCGUUCCCUGAACAAGCUUUGUAAAUAAAAUUUUCUCUAAAAGAUAUAUCAAUGUGUUUAUUAUUUAAAUCUCCGGAUAUCAGCUAUGUUUCUUAUUUUCGUGUUGUUUAUUCUAAGACCACAAUAAA